GCAUGUUUGUGUUCGUGCGUUUGUGUGUGUGUAUGUGUGUGUUUAGCCUAUAAAGAAUUGAAGUUUUUAAUCAUACAAAAAAAUUAAACACAUUCUCGAAAGAUAAUUGGUUCUAUAAACCUCUCAAUGUAAUUGAUGUAUGACAAACAAACCUAAUUAAAAAUGCUCAUCCUGUUGACUCUUUGACCUGUAUAUAUAGUCCAGGGUUUGCCAUCUGACGCUUUCAGUUUCUCGUUAUCUCCUAAGCACGUUUUUCUAACUGGACAGAUGACAGAAGUCAUCCACAACAGAUUCCAACAACAGACAAGAGAUCGCCAGUAGAUAUUAAUUUAUUCAGCUGGACCUAGUAUUUCUUUUGUUGCUACUUUGUCAGACCUAAGUGACCAGUCCUAAAAGUGUAUCAGAGACGAAUUGCAUCAACUUUCAUUUUUCUGGCUUUACGCCGGGUUAUGCAAAUAGUGGAAUUUUUCAAUCCAGAGUUGACUCAUUUCUGUCGAGAAUUUUUAGGACUUUUAUGAUUAUUAUUAAAGAGUUCACCAGUAGUAAUAAUAGUAAGGCAUCGUCUCUGAGUCUGAAGAUUAACUAGAAGUACUGUAAUUCACGUGACUACACAGACCUGUUGCGACCUGCAUAUUUUGACAUACCCGAUGCAGACAAGGCUUUUGGCAGCUGGUGUAUUCUUUGACCAUGCUACACAGAUCUUUGAAAAUAUGCUUACUGCAGUUUUGUAUUUACUUCAAUGUGGUUUUUGACGUUUUGGAAUUAACACACACACACACAUGCGUACACACAUUCUUGGCGUAAUUGAAUUUCAACGAUGAAUUAUGCCACUUUAUAAAAUAAUAUUUUGAAAAUGAAAAUUAAGAAACAGGAAAGAAACAGUUCAAAAUUUAGAGAAUCCGUGACUUAUACAGCUUUACAAGUGACGGAGGCGAAAAAUGGCGAAAUAGAAAAUGGAGAAGCUGAUAACGCCACUAACUUGAACUCCAGCAAGGGGAACCAACUACGUACUGCAGCACUGGUCGUGUCGUGGUUAUCUGUCCUGUUUGCCUUUUUCACAGGUGUUGCAGCUAUAGUUUUAGGUCAGCUCUGGGAAAACCAGUCACUGUUUGGAUACGGGCUGGACGGUGUUCUGGACAGUUUAUCCUCUGUGGCCGUUCUCUGGAGGUUCUACGGGUCUGGAACCUCAGCUGUUGCCGAAGCCAAAGAACGAAAAGCCUGCAUCGUCAUUGCCGUUUUCUUCUUCGCCUCAGCUUUGUCCUUGAUUGUUAAGUCGACUGUUGCCAUUGUCAAUAACACGAAGGAGGACGAAGAGUCUCGGAUCUUCUCGGACACGUUCUCAGUCGUGUGUGGGAGUGUAGCUUUUGGCCUGGCCUCGUCGAAAGUUUACAUUGGACGGAAACUGGAAAGUCGUUCUCUACUGACCGAUAGUAUUAUCACAUAUGUCGGGUCAGUGAUGAGCUUUCUUGGUGUCUUGGGCCUGGAGUUGUACAGAUCUGACGACAGAGUCUGGUAUCUGGAUGCCGUCUUUGGUCUUGUUUGUGGAUUCUUUCUGUGUGCCUUUGGAAUGAAGUUAAUGGUCGACAUGACCUGCCAUUACAAGAAUAAAGAGCCAUUGCUGACAGCCUCCUGAUCCUGACGACAUCUGAUGAAAUUUGAUGGUCUGCUAUGGUGGACAGCUGGCCCUCCAAAGAGAGGCGGCCUUAGCAGUACGCGGGGCCCCGGGCGAGUCUCAUACGCGGGCCCGUGAACAAUACCGUAGACUACAUACACCGUACAUUACACUAACGAGCAUGUCCGCCUCUAAUAAUGUAGGCCUUAUUAUUGUUGUCAAAGUAAAACCUGUAAGUGGGACCACUGUACUA